AUGAGUCAUGACCGAAGUCGACGGCAUCAGAAUGAAGCUAAACCAGCAGAACCCUUGAUUAAAAGAUACAUGGAUCUACGUAUGAAUCAUCCAAAGCCUGAACGACCACGAAAUAUCGCCGAUAAGAUCUCGCAAGGCAUUGAAAAUAUGAAUUUUCAAACGCAAGAUAGUGAUGGCAAUGAAUCAUCAUCCGAUUCUCGACAUUCUACCCGUGGGUCAAGGUCUUCCAGGAGACACACCUCACAACGCUCUGAGACUGCAAAACAGAGAUUACCGUAUCCUGAGGGCGAUAGUCUAAUUCCUGGUGAUGUUCCUGACGAGCUUGAGUAUCGAACCGCGGUAGAAGCCAACCGUCGUGCAGCACGUGAACGAAGACCUCCUACCACCAAACCAAAUGAUACCUCGACUUCCGCACACGGUAAAGUACACAGAAGUCCUUCGCACUCUGACAAUUCGAGGCAUCAAUUCAAAACAUCAAGUCAGGAAACCAACACUUCUAUUCCUCGGCGAAGCGAAAGAUCAAAAGCGACACAAGUAACACAGUCAAACCUUAGUUACGGGAGUGAGAGUGACAGUGGUAAAAGAUCCAAAACGAGGACAAAUACUACCAACAGCGGGGCCAGAACUUCCAAAUCUGAACAGAGCCAGGAAUUAACAUCUAGGAAGAAGACUUCUAUUUCUACAUCUCGCAACGCUGGUGAUGGUAAUGGUAAUGGUUCUCGUACUAUUCAUACACCACAUCGGGAUUCUAACCGUGAGCAUUCUAAGAAGGAUCGGGAUACUCGCACCGUACCCCGACGGCAGGGAACGCCGUCCCUUCCUUUCGAAUCACUUACUCCGGGAGAAUUACUCGAUGCUGUGUUUCGUGUUGUCCGUACUAUUGCUUCAUAA